AUAAAAUACACAACAUGGUUGACUCAGGCUUCUCAUACUCCAAUUUUGCCUUGUUGCAUGAUUGAAUCAUUGAACCACUUCCAAUACAGUAGACGAUGGCUAGCUAAUCCGGAGGGCGAGGAGGAGGACGACAGCGAGAAGGAGAGAGAUUCCACUCCUUUAGGAUAGAUUGAGUUGCAGAGCAAUCUGAUCUUGGCAGCGAAGACUUCUCUCCUCUGCUUGACAUACGUCGAAUUCAGCAUGAGUUCACAUCAAAAAUUCAUAAUCACCUGCAUCUCCGCUUCUAAUCUUCGAGUCAAGGGCGUUUCAGAGUCGGAACCGAAUAUGCACGCUUACGCAAAAGUUUCAGUAGGGAAACAAAAGAAGAAAACAACAACUGACAAGGAGGAUGGAACAGGCCCGGCCUGGGACAGACACAUGAGUUUCACCAUUAAAAAACGGGAGGUGGAUCCAGGAGUGACGCCGGUUUUCAUCAAGUUAUACUCCAAGCGUUGCUGCGGAAGGGACAAGUACAUCGGUAAGGCCGAGACAUCCUUGCAUCAACUAUUCAAUAGGGAGGAGGAGAAGAGCCACGGCAGGGACAGGUAUGAAUUAACCUUGAGAAAGAAUAGUUCCGACACGGGAAUGCUACAUUUAUCAUGCACGUUUGAGGAAAUCACGCCUGUCUGCGGAUGUUGCUGCGGAUGUUGCUGCGGAUGUUGCAGUUGCGGAUGUUGCAGUUGCUGUUGCGACUGUUUGAUGGAAAUAGUGAAGAGUGCGUUGUGCCAUGCAGCAGAAACGAUUUUCUGCAACUGUUAGGGAUGCGACAACUGAAAAGGGAUAUGAAAACUAAACUGAACACUAAUCUAAUUCAUUCGAUUUUACCCAAUGCUCUAGGUAUGUGUGUAAAACAAUUUGAUUGUGGUUAAUUGUCUGUGAAAUUAUGGUAC